GAGAAUAGAAAAAAUGAUUUGAUUCCGAGGUUGAACGGUUGACGAUAAUGAAUAACCCCUAUAGGGCGUUCUCUGUCCCUCUUGCCACCAUCCAUCCAGUCUUUUACUCGGGCAUCCUUCCGAUAACAGUCCUCUUAAGGUUAUUAAUAAACACCACAAGUGUCUAGAAGAAAAGAGACAGCCGACGAAUCUUUUUCGCCACUUGAAAGCUGUUGUGUCAGCUUCACCCCUGUCGUCGAAUGUAUCACGGAGACCCACAACGCAAAGUUGUCGACCAGAACUUCAAUACUCGAUCGAAGGACAAUUUUUCAGAGAGUGCUAAUACGAUGCCACCAACAGAGACAGAGGAAAGCCGCGUGGACAGAAAUAAUGAACUAACCAGCAACUCUUCGCCACGAAGGACCAAGAAAUCUGUAGAAAAAUCCGCGUACUCAGACGAAGCUGGACCUGCUUCCGAAAAGAUAGCACCAAUAUCAUCGGGCACAAGAAGACCCGUUACUCGUUCUUUAUCAGGCCGACCCAUAAAACGCCGCAUUCGAGAAGACAACGCACUUGAUCUUGCCAGUUAUUCUGGUGAUGACUACUCACAUCCAAAUGAACAUCCGUCAGCCACGAAAAAACAGAAACUUGCGGCUUCUUCGAAAAGGACUACACGGAAAUUUGCAGCCGUUGCGAGUAAAGAUCCUCCAUCAGAAAAAUCUUCACAGGCGCAUGAACUUUCUACUGAGAACCCCGCUCACGCUCCGUUGGUAGGCCUUCAGGAUGGUGAAAAUGAGGGAGCAGCUGUGCCAUCUACAACCACUUCCUCUACAGCCGCAUCUACACCACAGCCCAUGCCUCUACCAUCUUCAUCGGGUAGUACUUCUCCGCUUGUCGCUACCCGCAUCGGUACCACACGCGCCAUGCGUGCCACGCUUCCUACUCCUGUCCCUAAUCUGACCAAGAAAAGCCGAGGACGAAGGGUUCCCGUACGCGUGGUAACGACGAAUGGGGUGGAAGUUAUUCAAGAUCCGCCUCCUGUUUCCUCUACGUCCAGCACAACGACCACAGGAACGGGUAAUGGAAACGCAGAUUCUGCCAACCCCAAGGGUAAGCGGUCUUACGUCUGCUCCGUCGAAGGAUGUGGAAAGUGUUUUCAUCGUGGAGAGCACCUAAAAAGGCAUAUCAGGAGUAUACAUACGCACGAUAAACGUAAGCUUUAUUCUUAUCCUAUCAUUACUCGGGGCCCUUGCUCAAACUGUCUUCCAGCAUUCAAAUGUACAUACCCCGAAUGUGACAAAAACUUCAAUCGACACGAUAACCUCCUACAACAUCUCAAAGUUCACAAACAAGCACAAGCCACUGCCGCGAUGACUGCAUCCGGUGGGCCUGUCACUUUUAUAUCAGACGGGAAGGGCAAGGCCAAACUGAAGUCCAAAGGAAGUGCAGAAUUUGCUGGCGUUGGAUCAAAGUCGCGCUCCAACAAGAACAGCAAAGGAAAGAGGAAGAAGAGACGCAAAUCUUCUUCUUCUCCAGAUGAAGAGGACGAAGAGAGGAAAAGCGAAACCGAGAGUGCUGAAACUGUAUCUUCAGAUGACGAAGAUGAAGUGGACGAAGCGUCUGCGGUAUCGAACCUUCUUUCGUUACGUGCCCAUUCGGGGCUGAAAGGCGCAUCAACUCUCCAAGUCGUUGCUCCUCUCCACCACACCCUCACUUCGUAUACACACACAUUGACGUCCUUAGGCUCGAUGUCAUCUACAGCAACCCUCGUCGGAUCCGUAUCAGGGUGGGGAUAUCCCUUGUCCUCGUCGGCAUCAUCGUAUACUACUACGAAUGGCAACUCCAUCACAGGUUCAAAACCGUAUUUCUCGCCUUUUCACACAUCGUUCUUGGACGCUACAUCCAAUAAGACCUACUCUUCAAUGCUUCCCAACAACGGACUGGCUAAUGCGAUGCCACAAUUUUCUCUGUCGAAAGCCUACUCAUCUGGUGCCACACCGUACGAAUCUUCUGCGGUCGCUACUGCUAACGGCCCCGAUGCAGACCGCAUACACGAUAUGCAUAACGGUUAUCAUCGUCAUCAUAAUGGGCUUGGGCAUGUACAGAACAUGGUGAGCGACGUGCGGAGCGCUAAUGGAAUGAACGACUCGGAGCUGCUUGGGAAGUUCCAAUCGAACAUGGCCACGUCGAGCUUAAGGAGCACGAGCACGAGUUCUGCCUUGAGAAGCACGGAUGGCUUGGAGGAAACGAAUGGAUCCAAUGGGGGCAAUGCCACUGUGAGUUCUAUGGGUCGGUCGAGCCCGACGACGCCUCUAAGCCGCCUCGGUAGUGAGGGUCAUGAUGACGUGGAUGUUACUGUCAGAAACUUGGAUCCGACGUUGCACGCCCUUCCGACUAUUCCUAGCGUCCCUGCCAAUAGCGUCAGCAAAACUUCCACGACUGUCAUUUCCGCCGACGCCGUUCAUUCGAGUUCAAACUCGCGUUCUACACCCGCUAAUCACUCUACUACUGCGCCUGCUUCGCUUCCAGACUCCAAGCCCAUUCCAGAUUUUCAAAGUAACCAGUCGAUGUCAAUGGGGUCCGUGGAGCUUAAUGAACCUAAGAUGAUGUUGCGUCCAGUUGAAAGCGAAAAGGAUUGGCGGAUGUGAUCUGUGUCAUCGAAACGAGUGGACGUCGAUGCAGUUAGUUAAGACUUGCCUUCCAACCGUUUACCCGGGCGUCCAUACUUCCUUCGUUGUCUCUCUUCAAUAUUCAUUGACCAUUACUAUAUAUCUGUUUCUGCCAUGGCCCUGUACCUAAAAUUCUUUGUGAACAAUGUUUACUUACCCGGAGUUUCUCUUCAAGCUUCAGAAUAAAGUGUUGUGGAUCCUAAUUUCCUGUAGGUAUAAUACUCAUGAUUUGCUUCGAUUCCAGUUUAUCUCAAUGUACAUAUCCUU